AUGGCAACUUUGGGUCCCAGAAAAGUUACAGAAAUAGCAAAAGUUCACCCUUACAACAUUGAUGAUGAUGACGCUCACCUCCAUGAAACGCGACCAAACGAAGCUCAAGCUGGUAGGAUAUAUAGAGUUGGUUUCGUUUUAGCUGCCGUAUUGGGUGUAUUAACCAGUGUUGGCUGCUUGGUCGUCACCAUUAUGUGGUUCACGCCGAGACCACGAAGCCCUACGCUUUGGCUCAACUCUCUAUCCAUACCCACCUUCGUCUCCUCCAACUCUUCGUUAACAGCCAAAUAUGAUGUGGGUUUCACCUUCAAGAACCCAAACCAGAUUUGGAACAUUGUGUUAGGAGGGAUUGAGGUCAUCAUAUUCUACAAAAAGCCGUAUACUCUUGCGACCACAACUGUUAAUAAGGCCAUCCAUUUGGGGAUGGAGAAAGAGAAAUUGGUGGAAGCAAAGUUUGAGGAGGGAGAGCAAUGGUACUGGGGAGAGUCGAUACUUGAAGAGAUAAGGAGGGAUUUUAAAGAUGGGAAUGUUAGCUUCCAUCUCAACAUAAGAGCUUCGGUUGCAUGCCAUGGUUCAAGGUGGGCGUUGUCGUCGUGGAGAGAAAAUGGAGCUAGCGCUGUUUUAUACUCUUGUGUGCAUCUCAAAGUUGCCUUCAAUGCCACCACUGGUGAUGGAAACUUACUAGGUUUUCUGCCUAGGCAAUGCUAUUUACGUUGA